AUGGCGUAUCUCCAGCCACCACAACCCAUGGCGAGUGGUAUGACGUCGCCGGCCACGACGUGGAAAAAAUGGCGCCAAAGGUUCGAGACAUUUCUCACAGCAGCAGGACGGCAGGCAGCACGAGACGAAGAGAAGAUAGCUCUGCUGCUCCACGCAGUGGGGGAAGAGGGCGUCGAUGUGUUCAGCACAUUCACCUUUACGGCGGAGGACAAGACGGAAGACGGUCAGCGCAAGUACGCUGUUGUUUUGGCGAAAUUCGACGAGUAUUACGCUCCUAAGACGAACGUGACGUACGAACGUCAUAGAUUCUUCACGAGAAGUCGUCAGCCCGGUGAGACUGUGGAUAAGUUUGUGACUGACCUGCGAAUACUCGCACAGACGUGUGAAUUUGACGCACUGACAGACAGCCUAAUCAAAGACAGGGUCGUGUGUGGCAUCGGUGAUUCAAUGUUAACGGAGCGACUGUUACGUGUUGACGAUUUGGAUCUGCCAAAGGCGAUACGCAUCUGCCGGGCCGCAGAAGUCUCACAGGAGCAGCUGAGAAGGUUGGACGAGUCAGCAGCCGUUCAGUCAGUAGAAGCCAUGCGGGUGUCACGUGACAAGCCACGUGACAAGCCUCGUCAGCAGCCAAGCGCUCGAUGUUCCCGGUGCGGACGAAGCCAUGGCCCUUACACGCAAUGUCCUGCUAAAGGAAAAAUCUGUCACAAAUGCAAGGGAUAUGAUCACUUUUCAGUUGUUUGUCGUACCAAAUCGGGACACAUCCAGUCAGUAGACGCGACGGUUGACACAGUUGGCAAAGGAGAAACACACCCCCAGGCGUCACAGCAGAUCACGACAGCAACAGUUGGAAGGUACCUAUCUCAACCAAUGGAUCAGUAGUCACAUUUAAGUUGGACACGGGGGCGCAAGUGAACGUUCUCCC